UCACCCACCCCCCCCCCCCCCCCCCUCCCUGUCUCUCUGCAUAUAAAUGUGCAUUCACAAAGCUCUUAAAUUCCCAUUAUGAACAGAGACAUGUUGAGAACCAAGAAGACCAAGUCCGCCGUCACCGGAGCUUUGUCGCCGGCGAAGACCGGCGGCCGUGGUGGUGGUGAUGAGGCGGCUGUGUGGGAGGUCAGGCCAGGAGGGAUGUUAGUGCAGAAAAGGAGUUCAGACUGUAAUCAAAGCAGUGCUACAAUUCCCACAAUCAAAGUCAAAGUCAAGUAUGGUUCAUCUUAUCAUGAAGCCAAAAUCAGUUCUCAGGCAACUUUUGGGGAGUUGAAGAAAGUGGUGGCAAGGGCAACAGGGCUGCACCCAGAAGAACAGAAGCUGAUGUACAAGGAUAGAGAGAGAGAUUCAAGAACAUUUCUGGACGUUGCAGGAGUGAGAGAUGGAUCAAAGGUGGUGUUAAUGGAGGACGAAGUGAGCAGAGAAAGGAGGUAUGUGGAGUCGCAGAAGACGGCGAAAAUGGAGGCUGCAUCAAGGGAAAUCAAAGCAGUCAGGCUGGAAAUAGACAAGCUUGCCAAGCAGGUGGCAGAUGUUGAAAUGGACGUUUAUGGUGGAAAGAAGGUGGCUGAGACAGUUAUAUUGAACAUGAUUGAGGUAUUAAUGACGGAGCUGAUAAAGUUGGAUGGAAUUGCUGCUGAGGGUGAUGUGAAGUUGCAGAGAAGAAUGCAGGUGAAGAGGGUGCAAAAAUACAUAGAGACUCUAGACAUGCUCAAGGUAAAAAAUUGUACCCUUCAAAGCAACAGUAAAAAUAUAAGAGUAGCAUUCCAGCAACAAAAUAGAAUUACCACGGGCCAGAUUAUGCCACCAGCACCAAUGUACAACCAACAAAAGCACAAGAAUAUAGGUGGUGGGAGAUUUCUUGCCGGGCCUGUUGUGGUAACAACACAAUGGGAAACUUUCUAACCUCAAAGCAUCAUAAAUUUACCUGUGGUUAUGUGAAUA